AUAGUAUAAAAGUUAAAAUCCGUUGAAGAGCUUUUUUUUCUCACAUGUCAAGAUCGAUUCCCGUGAGCUUGAAAAGUGUUUUUUCAAAUACAUAUCUUCGUCACUGUCUUGGGUGUAAAGUUUUAAUCCUCCUUGAAAUGGAUGGAAAAGUCUCGGAGUACAGAAAAAAUACACAAGAGUUUCCCUGGCCUCCAUUAAUAUUCCAAAUACUGCGGCCCUUUCUUCCAAUUUGACUCCCCUGGCUUUGAGGAUCGUGAAUACAGUAGGAGGAUGUAUAAUAACGAGUAUUUGAGAUGUUUUUCGAGUAGGAUGUCGGAGAAUUUAACCUAUCAUUACGGCCAUGACUGUUUUGAUGGUGGAGAAGGAGAAGUAGAAGCGGGAGAGAGGUUUUGUAUUAUAGAUGAGGGGUUUAAUGGCGGAAAGAUGAGUUAUAAUGAUAGUUUGGAAGCAAAGGCGUUGGCUGCGUCGAGGAAUCAUAGUGAGGCUGAACGAAGGCGACGUGAAAGGAUCAACACGCAUUUGUCAACUCUCCGAAGGCUAAUUCCUUCAAGAGAUAAGAUGGAUAAAGCAACGCUUCUAGGAGAAGUGAUUCACCAUGUAAAAGAACUGAAGAAAAGAUUUGCAGAAGCUGCUAAAGGUGAUUCCAUACCCACAGAUUUUGACGACUUGAAAGUUGAAUCGCAUGGAGGUGAUGGAAAGGGGAGAUUUGUCAUCAGGGUUUCAAUUUGUUGUGAUGAUCGGCCAGAUCUUUUGGCUGAUUUGCUUCAAUCUUUUAAUGAGCAGAGAUUGAAGACUGUAAAAGCUGAGAUGUCCUGUCUUGGUGGCAGAGUGAGAAAUGUCUUCUUAGUGACAAGCCAGGAAGAAGUGAAUGGCGGUAAUGAAGAAACACAGUGUUUUAAUGGUGUCAAGGAAGCUUUGAGGGAAGUACUUAAUAGGCCUGCUUCAAGUGAGUUAACUCUGAGGAGCUCAGUCUCAAAUAAGCGUCAUAGGAUUUUAUCUUUUGAUUCGUCAAGCUCUUCUACUUAAAGUGCAGUGUGAUGAGCAAAAGCCCAGUGUUUGGUUAGCAACACCUUUAAAUCAUUAAUGUUCAAUUUAUGAAUUUAACAACUUUACAUUUACAUUGCCUGUACAAAACAACAUGUAUCUUUACCCCAUUCUAGCUAUUUCUUGAUGUUUCUGUUAAUUCGUAGUGGUAUAGAUAUAUUUAUCUAUUGAUUUUCUUGUA